AUUGUGAACGCUUAGUGGAAAGUGGAACGCACCCACUGAAACAUGAUUACAUUAGUGAAACGACUACUUUUACCAAUACUUUUGAAUAAAUCCAUUAUUAUUUACUAUUUACUAUUUCAGUGCCUCUAAAAAUAUUUUGGAUACCUAAUUUAUAUUUCUUUAAUUUAUCUGUUUUUAAUUUUUGAAUGAAAAAUGGCUGCAAUACGUCAUACAUUGCAACGCGAAAUAUUUACACCAAGUGAUGAAAAAUUGUUAAGUGUUUGUUUUGUCAGUAAAACAUAUAAAAAAAAGAAAACAAGUUUCUUAUGCUUGACAACUACAACAGAUGUACCAGAGACAUUCAUUAUAUACCAAAUAAAAAAAAAUGAUAAAAAUACAUUUAAAAAGAAACAGUCUUGGUUACUUACGGAUAUACAAGUUGUUGAUGGAGUUAAAGCUGAUUCUAUGGAUAUUGAGUUACAUAUAGAUAAAAUUUAUAGAUGGACUGUCGCUACGUCACAAGAAUGUCGAACAUUUGUCAGUAAUUUAUAUACUUUCUCAUGCGGCUUACCUCAACGACCACAAUUUAAAAAUAUUCCACAAAAAUGGUUGAUUGAUCCCACAACUCUUACGGAAAAUGACAGCAUAAUAUUGACUCCAGAUUUGUUGACACCAGUAAUAUCAUCAGACUAUCAGCCAAUAACCGAUAAAGAGGCAACAGAUCUUGAGAAUUUAAUAUUAAAUUGUUCUUACGCAAUAUCUAAUGCUGAGUUAUUUAUGGAAAGUCUCUCGAAAGAUUUAUCAAUUUUAGAUGGCGAAAAUGUUCAGUCAGUUUUAGCAUCAGAGCCUCAAGUAAUUCAACUUAUGAAUGGAAUUGAAGCAGCAAUCGUUGAAGCUUCAGUUGUAGAAGCACGGCUAACAUUAUAUGAUGAAGCUUUAGGACGAAUUCGUGAAGUUAUGGCUCGAGUUGGACAAAAGAAUCAAGCCAUUCACACUGCAAAUCGCAAUGCGAGAUUAUUAUUAGAGCAUUUAGACACAAUUAUAACGCAAUUAGACGUAUCAAAUCAUCAUCAAAAAAUAAUUAAUGAAUCUGAACUUCCGGGUGGUAGAGCUGAACUUGUAUUAGCUGGACAUGCAGUUUUAAAAGCUGUUUCAGUAUCAUUACCUACAGGUCUUGAUAAAUUAAGUGCAGUUAAUGAACAAAAACGUCGAUUAGAUAAAUUGAAAGUUAAAUUUUCGUUAUUAGUUGCUCGGCACCUCAAUAAUUUAUUUAUUCACUUAGGUAAUGAUAUUGGUGAAACAUCAUCUGCUUUAAAUUUAAUUUUACCAAUGCAUUCAUCAGUGCACCGUGAAUUAGAACCAUACACUGAUCUGAUGCAACUACUCCGCGCAUUAGAUUACAAAACAUUUUCUCAGUUAAUCAAAGUUUACACUAAUACCAUGAGUAAACUAUAUCAAAGAGAUUUAAAAAUAUUUUUUGAAGAAGCUAAAACAUGUUUAAUUAAUUCACGGCCACACUUCAGCUCAUCUAAACCAAGUGGUCAAAAAAAAGAUGAUGAUUUAUUCACAGCGGCACCAAUAUGUUUAUUGAGUAACGAAAUAUGGACAUCACAUAAUGAUGGCAUUAUAUUAGAUUCGAUCUUAGAUCGCGUACUAUCACAAUUACAACCAAUCAGUUUAGCUGAACAAGCAUUCUGUGUGACAUUCUUUCAACUAGAUUCUGUACUAUCACCAUCUAAAACUAGUGAGAACGAAGAUAGUACGAUUGUUAUCGGUGAUAAUAUAAGUAAUGGGGCGACAAGUCCUGAAUCAGUUUCAUCAACAGUAAGCAAAAAAUUAGAAAGACAAGUUAAUGAAGAAGUUCGUGCCACAAUGGGUGCUAUUUUCCCGUCUUUAGAAAUAGAAUUGAAUAAUUUUAUAUUAUUUUUAGAUAAAAUUGAUAGUUUUUGGUGUAUGUAUUUGUUAGUACGAUUGUCUCAACACGUAAUGUCAGCACAAGAUACGGGAUCGUUCUUAUCAAUGACAUUUGCAUCAGCUUUAGUUCAAGUAAAAAGAUCAUUUGAUAAAUUUAUGCAAUUACAACAGCAAUCUAUUUUAAAAGAUACUAAGGUUAAUCGGCGUAAUAAAUGUGGAAUUUUGCCUUAUAUAGCUAAUUUUGGUUUGUUUGCUCGAAUAACUGAUAAAAUAUUCAAAAAUUCUGAUCGUAAAGUGGACUUAGAAAAAUGGUAUACAAAAUUAGUAGGAACCAUGUUUGAAGCUAUCAAUAUUCACAGUAGUGAACAUCAUAAAACACCUCAAGAAGUUGUAAAAAUGGAAAAUUUUCAUCACCUCUAUGAUCUUUUAUCACAAUUAAAAAUAUCUGUUCUGGAUUAUGAGCGGAAAAGUGCAAAACAAAAGUAUCAAGAUGCAUUGAAAGCAUAUGUUACCCGAUAUUUCGGUCGACCACUAGAAAAACUCAAUUUGUUUUUUGAAGGUGUUCAAGCAAAAGUUGGUGCUGGAGUUAAAGAAUCUGAAAUAAGCUAUCAAAUGGCAUUUAGUAAACAAGAAUUACGUCGUGUGGUCAAAGAAUAUCCAGCUCGAGAAGUUAAAAAAGGGUUAGAAAAUUUGUAUCGUAAAGUUGAAAAGCACUUAUGUGAAGAAGAAAACUUAUUACAAGUAGUUUGGCGUGAAAUGCAAGGUGAAUUUAUAGCUCAAUAUAUUUACAUUGAAGAACUGAUUCAACGGUGUUAUCCUGAUAGCCUGAUAACUCUCGAAUUCACAAUUCAAAAUAUAUUAGAGUUUUUCUCAGAAAUCGCAAGAUCACAUUGAAAAUAUCUUUUACUUGCUUAUUUAUAAAUCAUUGGCCCUGAUUAAAAGAACCGAUUCGAAACGAUUUGCAAUGUUAAAAGACCAUAAGAAGGACGAUUCAAAAGUAUUCCAAAGCAUUAAAAAGUAUUAAAAAUUUUUUUUUCUAAUCAUUUUCAAUUGUUUCUUUUUAUCAAGGAGAUGAAAUAUUUUGUUAAACACUAUUAAUAUAUGGCAUAUUAUUUUUUUAAAGUUAAUGCCCCGUGAAAAACUAAUCGUAAAAAGUUAUGAAGUGUGAAUAAUCAGAAUG